CCUCAGGACGUGUUUCUCAUGAUCCGGAGCCACAAGACCACCAUCUUUACGGACGCCAAGGAGUCGAGCACCAUGUUUGAACUGAAGCGCAUCGUUGAGGGCAUCCUCAAGCGGCCGCCAGAGGAGCAGCGGCUGUACAAGGACGACCAGCUCCUCGAUGAUGGAAAAACUCUGGGCGAAUGUGGCUUCACCAGUCAGACAGCAAGGCCACAGGCCACAGCCACAGUGGGCCUGGCCUUUCGAGCAGAUGACACCUUCGAAGCGCUGCGUAUUGACCCCUUCUCCAGCCCUCUGGAGCUUCCUUCCAGGUGUGAUGAAGCCACAAGACUCUGGAGGCAGUGCCAAUGAACAAGCUGUGCAGUG